AUGGACCUUCCCUAUUACCAUGGUCCCCUGACCAAACAAGCCUGUGAGACUUUACUGCUCCAGGAUGGGAAAGAUGGCAAGUUUCUCUUAAGAGACAGUGAGUCAGUCCCAGGAGCCCUGUGCCUCUGUGUCUUGUUUCAAAAUAAGAUCUACACAUACCGAAUCAGAAAAGAAAAAUAUGGAUACUAUACAAUAGAGACAGCAAAAAGUGUUAGAAAGCAGCUGUUUCCCAACCUAGAGAGAACUAAUCUCCAAUUUGAAAAACCAGGUCAGGAUUAGUGGUUCAUCUCCGUUAACCCGGUAAAGAAAAAUAAUGUAUACCAGAGUUGGAAAAACCCACCAGAGGCUUUGAAUGAUAGUGAUUAUGUGAAUGUCAACAGUGAAGAUUAUGUGGAAGUCAUCCCUUAAAUUCUAACCCAGUGAGCAUGAAAAGAGGCAGCCUACGGCUUCUCAGGCUGUUAGGGUAAAGCCCUCAAACCUCCAAAUUCUCUGGCUUUUGCUGAGGUUUUCACCACCACAUCCUAGCCCUGGACUCGGGUCUUCCUUGCCAAUCAGAGAACUGGACAGUCCGUGCCUGUUUGCCUUAACUUUAUAUCCAGUCAUGGUCCAAGAAAGGAAACUGCCUGUAGAACUGGAAAUGUAAAUGUAGCUUAGAGACACGUACCCCUCCACCCCAACAACAUCUUCUCAGGAUCCCUGCACAGCUAAAGCAGGUAGCCCUAACUUAGCCCGAUAGUUAAAAAUGUAAUUACGACCAAAUAGCCCUCAUCACUCCAUAUACAACCCAGAGAGGCCCCACAAACUGAUAUGAGGUCCUUGAAACUUCUUAUCUCAGAACUCGGACUCCGGAGCCCCAGAUUCAGCGUGAUUGUGUGGAGGUAAUCUGUUAUGCAAAUUAUUCUCUCACCUCCCAUCCAGCACAACUUUCUCUAUUCAGGAGAUAGUAAGCCCAAAGCAGUCAAUUAAGCCGUAAAGACAGUGUAAAUAACAAGAAAGGGAACUGAGAGUAGAAUCUUAUCUGCCUCCCAUCCGUAAUUAAGACAGUCACCUCAAGUCUCUUGUCUGAUCUCAGGGAAUUCUCUUCUAAUCCACUCUUAAUUCCCACUACCCAUGGCGAUAUGGAAGAGAGACCAAGGUGCUCCUGAACUCUACUUCUGGCUAAAUGGUGGACAGAGAAUUGCUGGAGGUGAGGAGCAGUUAGAGCUCUGGCAAGUCUCUUGCCUUGACCGUGACUUUUUUUUUUACUAGGUUAAAUUUCACAUUCAGUUGCA